AAUAAGCUCUGUUCAUUUAGGUUUUGCCCUUGAAGACACCAUGCAGUCCAAGACUAAGGGCAUCUGGAUGUGGUGUGUCCCUCAUCCUGAAAAAUCAGACCACACCCUGGUGCUGCUGGAUACAGAGGGGCUGGGGGACGUGGAGAAGGGGGAUUCUAAGAAUGAUGCCUGGAUCUUCUCCCUGGCCAUUCUGUUAAGCAGUACUCUGGUCUACAACAGUCGAGGGACCAUCGAUAAUGAUGCUGUGGAGAAGCUUCAAUAUGUGAACGAGCUGACAGAGAUGAUCAAGGUGAAGUCUACCACUGACAAUGAAGAGGAAGGAGAGGGCACCCAGUUUAAGCAGUUCUUUCCUAAUUUUGUGUGGACCGUCAGAGAGUUCACUCUAAAGCUCGAGAUCGACGGCAGAGAAAUCACUCCAGACCAGUACCUGGAGAAUUCCCUGCGACUCAAGAAAGGUACAAGUAAAAAGAUCAAUGACUACAACUUCCUGCGAGAGUGCAUCCAGAACUUCUUCCCCUCACGCAAGUGUUUUGUGUUCCCCUCCCCUACAACUCCUGACAACAUGCACCGACUGGACUCCAUGGACGAGGCUGAGCUUUCUGAAAGCUUCAGAGAGGUUGUAGAUACUUUCAGACGCUUCAUUUUCCAGGAGAGCCCUAUGAAGACUGUUAUAGGGGGACACACAUUGACCGGAGAGAUGCUGAGGCACUUGGUCACCACCUAUGUGGAGACCAUUGCCAAAGGCAAUGUGCCCUGUCUGGAGAAUGCGGUGCUGGCCAUGGCUAAAAUUGAGAACCAGGCUGCUGUGGAUGAGGGCCUGGCGGUGUACCAGAAGGGUAUGGAGGAUGUGAAGGUCUUAUUCCCGGUGGACAUCAAUCAGCUGUCAGAGAACCACCUUCACUCAGAGGCUAAGGCCACACAGGCAUUCAUGAAGCGAUCCUUCAAAGACGAAAAUGAGGAGUUCUUGAAAGCACUGGUGGGGGCCAUUAGUAACCACUCCGCCGACCUUUUCAUACAAAACAAGGAUGCGUCAGAGAAGAAGUGCAAGGCCCUUCUGGAGAAUCUGUCUGCUAAGAUGGAUCAGGGGAUGAAGGAGGGGAGGUACGCCACACCGGGAGGCUAUGAGCUUUACUGCAAUCACCAUGACAACAUAGUGGCACAGUACCGGGCUGAGCCCAACAAAGGAGUCAGAGCUGAGGAGUUUCUGGAGCAGUUCCUGAAGGGAAAGAGUGCAGAGUCCAACUCCAUCCUGCAAGCUGACAAAAAACUGACGGAAAAUGAGAAAAAAAUCCAAGCUGAGAAGAAGAAAACAGCUGAGCUGGAGCAGGAGAAGGCAGCAUUCAAGGAGCAAAAAGCAGAGAUAGAGCGCAGAAUUGAGAACAUUGGCAAGGGCCAGGAGAAGUACUUGAAGGAGAUGAAAAAGAAGAUGGAGAAGGAGAGGAAGCAACAGCAGCAGGAGUUCGACAGGACCCUGGACCGCAGGAUGCAGGAGCAGGAAGAUCUCCCGGAGAAGGCUGAGCUAAUGAGACAAGAGAUCGAGGAGAUAAAGAAGAUGAAUCAAUUGGAAAUGGACGCCAUUACCCAGAAUCAGAAGGCUCUGCUGCAUGUCUACAAGCGGAAGGCUGCGGAACAUAAAAAACAGAUGAAUGCUUUAAUGGUGGUGCUCAACGAGAGAUCACAGGCCCACGUACAAGUAGUUGAACCACUCUGUAUGGUGAUGACACUGUUGUGUAUGCAACACUCUUGUGAUCCUUGUUGAACUGUGGAAUGUGUUUGAACAUUUGAAAGAGUUGUGACAUUUUUUGUUGUGAACUUAUGGAGUUGCUGUUUAGGGAGCUUGUGAAAUGAAAAAGUAUUUUACAGGUAGGUCUGUCUGAGUAUAAGUAACUGUUAGACUUGUCCUGUUUGUAUUUAUUAUGGAUCCCCAUUAGCUGCUGCCAAAGCAGCAGCUACUCUUCCUGGGGUCCAGCAAAAUUAAGGCAGUUUAUACAAUUUUAAAACAUUACAAUACAUUCACAGAUUUCAGAACACACUGUGUGC